UCUCGUCUUCCUCUGAAUAAAAAACAAACAUACAAAAGUCUUCUGACAUUUUCGCGAUUCGAACAGCUCUGAUCGAAAAGUUGUUCUCUUUCUUCUUCAAUCCUCGUUCGGAGACGAUUUUAUCAGGCGGGUUAAGAUCGAAAUCAGAUAUCUUUUUGAGUUUAUUUGCUGCUACCGAGCUCUUUUUUUUUUCUCUGUUUCGAGCUCUAAUCGAUGGCGGAGACGAUGACGAGCAGAGGCAAGUCGUCGGAGGUUGUCCGGUGGGAGAAGUAUCUUCCCAAAACGGUGCUUAGGGUUUUGCUCGUCGAGUCCGAUGACUCAACUCGUCAAAUCAUCACCGCCCUUCUUCGGAACUGCUCUUACAAAGUUGUAGCUGUGUCCGAUGGUUUAGCUGCGUGGGAGAUUCUUAAGGAGAAGUCACAUGACAUUGACCUUAUACUAACGGAGCUUGAUUUGCCAGCUAUAUCUGGUUUUGCUCUGCUUGCGUUGGUGAUGGAGCAUGAAGCUUGCAAGAACAUUCCUGUCAUAAUGAUGUCGUCGCAAGACUCGAUGACGUUGGUGUUGAAGUGUAUGCUUAGAGGUGCUGCUGAUUAUCUGAUUAAACCCAUGAGGAAGAACGAGUUGAAGAAUCUAUGGCAACAUGUCUGGAGGAGACUUACUCUGCGUGAUGGCCACAAGGCUCAAGGUCUUAGCUUAUCAGCUUCACAGAAGAACCUCGAAGAUACUGAUGAAACUAGUGCAGAUUCUAGAUAUCAUUCUGACCAUGCUACCAGCUACAACGGUGACAGUAAGCUAAUGGAGGAUGUUAGUGAUUCUGGUAGAACUGACAGAAAGCUUGAAUCGUUUGAUGUGACAAUGGAUUUGAUCGGUGGAAUCGAUAAACGGCUUGAGUGUUUCUACGGAGACAACUGUCGUGAUGAGUGUGCUGGUCCAGAGCUAGGACUUUCUCUGAAAAGAAGUUGCUCUGGGAGUUUCAAGAACCAAGAUCAAAGGGAUGCAUCUGCCUUCUCUAGAUAUGAGAAUAGACAGCCAGAGCCAGAGCCAGAAGAGAAAGCAGAGGUUGCUGUGGAGCAGAGUAGCUCAGGUGAGCCCAAGACACCAAGCGAAUCACAUGAGAAGCUAAGAAGAGUAAGAUCUGAUCACGGAAGCGCUACAACGAGCAGCAACCAUGUAUCAUCAAGUUUAAGCGGACACAACGAGUUAAGCUUCCGUAGUAACCAAGUUCCUCAACACCAAAAAGCAACCAAGGAAAUGGAAGUUGGUUCUGAAAGCACCAAUGAUGUGAUCGCAGGACAGAGCAGGAGCAGCACGACAGAGAAAGCAAAGGAAGAAGAAGAAGAAGGUGGUCGAAGUGUAGAGGAACGUCGGAGACAGAGAGAAGCUGCACUGAUGAAGUUUCGGUUGAAGAGGAAAGAUCGAUGCUUUGACAAAAAGGUGAGAUAUCAGAGCAGGAAGAAGCUAGCAGAACAGCGUCCACGAGUGAAAGGCCAGUUCGUACGCGCCGUUAACUCUGAUGCAUCUAAAUAAAUAUAUAACUAAAAAAUCUUGUAGUAGUAUUAUAUAUGUUGGUUUUUGUAUAAUUGAGACUUGUUCUUGUUAACUAUAUCUAAGUGUGAUUUUUGUCUAUA